CGAUUUUAUUUAUUUAUUUGUUGUCUUGAACAGCUGGAAUUCUGUUUGCAAUCAAUGUGUAGUGGAUACACAAGUGAUUAGUCAGUGUUUGUGUAUUGUCCUAAAUGUCUACGCAGUCCAAAACGAUGCCUGUUCUAGACCUGAAAGUUUACAUCCGAGUGGUGGCUGCAGUUUUCUCUCUUUCAUCAACAACAGCAUUUGUGAUGGCUCUCCUCCGCUUGCUGAAUCCAGAAUUAUUCUACCUGGACCCACUGGAUGGUACUGAUGUUGUGAUCCACUACUUCAUCGCGGGCUUAAUGGUGGUGGCCAGUGCGGUGGGCUUCCUGAACUCAUGCGUGGUGCUCAACCGAAGUGCCGCGCUCAACAGUGGUCGAAAUCUGACCACCUGGCUGCUGCUGGAUUCGCUGUUUGAGACCAGUCGUGUGGUGUACGUCUUCGUGUGUGAGGUGGUGCUGAAAGGAAAAGGACCGCUGCAGGUGUACGAGCUACUUGUCAGCGCUGCGCAAUACCUGUUGGACAGUUUCCUGUACUGCCAGAUGAUACUGCGGCACUAGUGGCCGGCCGCCG